GCAGGGAAGCCCACGGUGGUGUGAGCUCCUGGGGCUGCCAGCAGCUUGCAGUCCCUGCCCACCCCGUCUGGGACCCAGGAUCGUUUUGUGAACAACUUGGAGCCGGAGUGGAGGAGGGACUAGGAGGAGAGAGCCGGGCCCCUCUAACCAGCGCCACCAGGCAGCAGCCUGUGCCGUAAGACACAGACAGCCAGACCCAGGGCGGCCCCUCCUGGCAGCCCUGCUCCUCUAGAAGGAUGCUUUGGGAGUGAGGCCACUCCUCACCCCUGCAGCCCCCAACUCCCUCCAUUCUCCUGAGGCUCUGUGAGCCUACAACUGUCCUCGCUGCCCUCCAACCCUGCCGCUGCCCCAUUUUGGGUCCGGCAUAGUUUAUCUAACAACAGGAGGUCUUCCUGGAGGGGGUGACAGCCCAGAGUCCAGGACCUUGCCUACGCUUCAGAAAGCAUCAACAGCAAGAUAAGAGCCUGGUAUUGGAACUGUCACCCCAAGGACUGUUAGAGCUGGCGGGUCCCUGGAUACCAUCCAGCCCAAGACCCUACCCCUGCUGCGCAUACAGAGAAACUAAGGCCCAGAGAGAAGCCGGGGCCUCAGCCAAGUCACCAGAGAGGAUACCAUGUGGCUUCCGAGUGCCAUGCCUGCUCCUGUCCUCAAAGGCCAGGAGCUGUUGCUGCCCCUGCUGUUGCUGCUGGGACCACAGGCCUCCUGGGGCCUGGUCAUCACACCCCCGGGGCCGGAGCUUGUCCUCAAUCUCUCCAGCACCUUUGUUCUGACCUGCUCGGGUCCAGCUCCAGUGGUGUGGGAACGGAUGUCCCAGAACCCCCCACAGGAAAUAACCAAGACCCAGGACGGCACGUUCUCCAGCAAGCUGACACUGGCCAACGUCACUGGGCUCCACACGGGAGAAUACUUUUGUACCUACAACGGCUCCCAUGGGCUGGAGGCCAGUGAGCGGAAACGGCUGUACAUCUUUGUGCCAGAUCCCACCAUAGGCUUCCUUCCUGUCGACCCUGAGGAACUCUUCAUCUUUCUCACGGAAAUAACUGAGAUCACAAUUCCAUGCCGAGUGACGGAUCCACGAUUGGUGGUGACACUGCAUGAGAAGAAGGUGGAUGUCCCACUGCCCAUCUCCUAUGACCACCAACGUGGCUUCUCUGGGACCUUUGAGGACAAGACCUAUGUCUGCAAAACCACCAUCGGGGACAGGGAAGUGGAUUCUGAUGCCUACUAUGUCUACAGCCUCCAAGUGUCAUCCAUCAAUGUCUCAGUGAGUGCAGUGCAGACUGUGGUCCGCCAGGGGGAGAACAUCACCAUUAUGUGCAUUGUGACGGGGAAUGAGGUGGUUAACUUUGAGUGGACAUACCCACGCAUGGAGAGUGGGCGGCUGGUAGAGCCAGUGACUGACUUCCUCUUUGAAAUGCCCCACAUACGUUCUAUCCUGCACAUCCCCAGUGCCGAGCUGGGAGACUCAGGGACCUACAUCUGCAAUGUAUCAGAUAGUGUGAGCGACCAUCGAGAUGAAAAGGCCAUCAAUGUCACUGUAGUCGAGAGCGGCUAUGUGCAGCUGCUGGAGGAGCUGGACCCUGUACAAUUCGCGGAGCUGCACCGCAGCCGGACACUGCACGUGGUUUUCGAGGCCUACCCGCCUCCCACUGUCAUGUGGUUCAAGGACAACAGGACCCUGGGUGAUUCCAGCGCCGGCGAGAUCGUGCUGUCCACACGCAAUGUGUCGGAGACCCGGUAUGUGUCAGAACUGACACUGGUGCGGGUGAAGGUGGCUGAGGCUGGCAGCUACACCAUGAGGGCCUUCCAUGAGGAUGCUGAGGCCCAGCUCUCCUUCCAGCUGCAGGUCAAUGUGCCCGUCCGUGUGCUGGAGCUGAGUGAGAGCCACCCUGCCAGCGGGGAGCAGACAGUCCGCUGUCGCGGCCGGGGCAUGCCCCAGCCACACCUCACCUGGUCCACGUGUAGCGACCUCAAAAGGUGUCCGCGCGAGCUGCCGCCCACGCCACUGGGGAACAGUUCCCAGGAGGAGAGCCAGCUGGAGACGAACGUGACGUACUGGGCGGAGGAGCAGGAGUUCGAGGUGGUGAGCACGCUGCGCCUGCGCCGCGUGGAUCAGCCCCUGUCGGUGCGCUGCACGCUGCACAACCUGCUGGGCCACGACAUGCAGGAGGUCACCGUGGUGCCGCAUUCCCUGCCCUUCAAGGUGGUGGUGAUCUCAGCCAUCCUCGCCUUGGUCGUCCUCACAAUCAUCUCCCUCAUCAUCCUCAUCAUGCUCUGGCAGAAGAAGCCACGCUACGAGAUCCGAUGGAAGGUGAUUGAAUCUGUGAGCUCUGAUGGCCACGAGUACAUCUAUGUGGACCCUAUGCAGCUGCCCUAUGACUCCACCUGGGAGCUGCCUCGGGACCAGCUUGUGCUUGGACGCACCCUGGGCUCCGGGGCCUUUGGGCAGGUGGUGGAGGCCACGGCUCAUGGCCUGAGCCAUUCACAGGCUACCAUGAAGGUGGCCGUCAAGAUGCUAAAAUCUACAGCCCGCAGCAGUGAGAAGCAAGCCCUCAUGUCAGAGCUGAAGAUCAUGAGUCACCUCGGGCCUCACCUGAACGUGGUCAACCUGCUGGGAGCCUGCACUAAAGGAGGGCCCAUCUACAUCAUCACCGAGUACUGCCGCUACGGCGACCUGGUGGACUACCUGCACCGCAACAAGCACACCUUCCUGCAGCGCUGCUCCGACAAGCGCCGCCCGCCCAGUGCCGAGCUCUACAGCAACGCCCUGCCCGGCGGGCUCCCCCUGCUCAGCCACGUGUCCCUGCCUGGGGAGAGUGACGGCGGCUACAUGGACAUGAGCAAGGAUGAGUCAGUGGACUACGUGCCCAUGCUGGACAUGAAAGGGGAUGUCAAAUACGCAGACAUCGAGUCCUCCAACUACAUGGCUCCUUACGAUAACUACGUCCCCUCUGCUCCUGAGAGGACCUGCCGGGCGACUUUGAUCAACGAGUCCCCAGUGCUUAGCUACACGGAUCUUGUGGGCUUCAGCUACCAGGUGGCCAAUGGCAUGGAGUUCCUGGCCUCCAAGAACUGCGUCCACCGAGACCUGGCGGCCAGGAAUGUGCUCAUCUGUGAGGGCAAGCUCGUCAAGAUCUGUGACUUUGGCCUGGCUCGUGACAUCAUGCGGGACUCGAACUACAUCUCCAAGGGCAGCACCUUCCUGCCUCUGAAGUGGAUGGCCCCCGAGAGCAUCUUCAACAGCCUCUACACCACCCUGAGUGACGUGUGGUCCUUCGGGAUCCUGCUCUGGGAGAUCUUCACCCUGGGUGGCACCCCGUACCCAGAGCUGCCCAUGAACGAGCAGUUCUAUAAUGCCAUCAAACGGGGCUACCGCAUGGCCCAGCCCGCCCACGCCUCCGACGAGAUCUACGAGAUCAUGCAGAAGUGCUGGGAAGAGAAGUUUGAGAUUCGGCCACCCUUCUCCCAGCUGGUGCUGCUUCUCGAGAGACUGCUGGGCGAGGGUUACAAAAAGAAGUACCAGCAGGUGGAUGAGGAGUUUCUGAGGAGCGACCACCCAGCCGUCCUUCGGUCCCAAGCCCGCUUGCCCGGCUUCCACGGCCUGCGAUCCCCGCUGGACACCAGCUCCGUCCUCUACACUGCUGUGCAGCCCGAGGGUGACAACGACUAUAUCAUUCCCCUGCCCGACCCCAAACCCGAGGUCGCUGAUGAGGGCCCGCUGGAGGGUUCCCCCAGCCUUGCCAGCUCCACCCUGAAUGAAGUCAACACCUCAUCUACCAUCUCCUGUGACAGCCCCCUGGAGCCCCAAGAGGAACCAGAGCCCCAGCCUGAGUGCCAGGUGGAGCCGGAGCCAGAGCCAGAGCGGUCGCCGGAUUCAAGCUGCCUCGGGCCUCGGGCUGAGGCAGAGGACAGCUUCCUGUAGGGGCUGGUCCCCACCUUCCCCUGCCCGAAGCUCCCCCUCUACCUCCCAGCACCCUGGGCCUCCCGGCCUGGCCUCCCAUCAGCUGUCCCCUUCUGGAAAGCUUUUGCCCCUGGCAUGUCGCACCCCAACCCCUGGGGCUGGCUUAGGAGGGAAGAGGACUGCAGGGGCCGGGACCAGCCCUCUGCCUCUGGGGAGGCCAUGUGACUCUGAGCCAGGAUUCUCCCAGGGGACUCAGUUUCCCCAUCUGAAGAUGGGAAAGGUGGGCCUGGUGACUCACAAUCUGGGACUCUCUCCCUGGCUGGCAGAUGUGGAGGUGGGAAUCCCUGCAGAGAUUCUCAAGGUUCAUGAGGUGGUCAAUUCACUUUUUUUUUCUGUUCAGCCAGCUGCCCCUCAAGGAGCUGCAGCUCUCUCCCUGCACUUUUAUCUCCCCAAGAGCUGGGGAGGGGACCCUAGCAUUCCUGGCUCCGGGCUGAGCUGGGGCCUGGCCUUGGACAGUAUUUCCUCAUCCAGAAGCCACCUCCCAUCGAUGCCAGUCUUUGCUUCCCCAGGCCCAAGCUGGUCUGGGGCCUUCCAUGCUUAAUUAGUGCUGGGGGCUGAGCCAAGUACAGGACACCCUGGCCUGGAGCCCCUGCCCCGGGCACUCGGGGUACACCUCCCCAUAAAAGUGCCUGUGUCCAUGUCUUCUUGGCCCCUUGAGUCUAGGGGCCUUUUUCUUCAUCACUGCCAGUCUUAAUCUACUCACCGGAGUCCCCAGGGCCAGACAAGCCCCACGUCUUUGUUGAGUGUAUUGACGUACCUGCAAGAAGUGUACGCACACGUGGACCUAUAUGUGGACCAGUAUGUGUAUUGGACCCGCCAGGAGACCUUGGAGGAAUCCCUCACCCUCCCUGGGCCUGUUUUCCCUGUUGACAAAUUAGCAGGUUGGACUCUGACUUCUGGUGCCCUGCCAGCACUAGCAUUCUAGAAUAUUCCAGGAGCUGCACACUUGCUCAGAUGAAGCAAAGCAAAACACCCCAAACCUCUAUCCUGGGGGUCAGCUGGGGCCUGGGGAGAUUCCAGACCACAGAUCAUACUCUGGGCAUUCAGGAACUGUGCCCCUUCCCCAGACCCCUGGCUAGUCCCAAAAGGCCAGCUGCCCAGGCCUUGACUAUAAGUGACAGCCAGUGUCCUGGAGAGCCCCCAGCAGCUGCCCCACGGACAUGGGGAGACCAUGGGACCCCUUUCAGCACCUACAUGACCUCUGGAGCUAUCCUGGGCAAAGGAGGCAGAGAUCACAGAUCAGGCCAUCUGGUGCAGCCCAGCAUGCCAGGCUCUGCUGUCCAGGCCUGUGCCACAGACAUAAAGGACAGAGAAAGGACAAGAAGCCUUGGAUGAGGGACCUAAGAAAGGGGCACAAGAGGUGGGUACUUUGGAAGUUGCUUUCCCACCGGACAGCUGCCCUACCCUGAGGCAGGAACCAUGGGAGAUGGCUUUGACUGCCUCAGGAUGCUCACCUCACUGUCACUGCCAGUCCAGUGGGCUCUGGAGGUGCCAGGGGAGUGAGGGCUGUGGCCCAGACCGCUGGCAGGGAAAGGGCCAGAAGGGGGAUGAGGGAAGGUCAGCGGCUCUGGGCACCAGCCCCCUGUGCUGGUUUGCACCUCCCCGUCCUGGGACCACCGAAGUCUGGUCAAGGAGAAGGUGUGUUCUCACUACGGUACCAAAGAUGUAAUCACCUAGGUUUACAAGUAUUUUUAGGACUCACAUUAACUCACAUUUAUACAACAGAAGUGCUAUUUUGUAUGCCAUCAAAUUUUCCUCUCUGUGUAUUUUUUUUUUAAGAGAAAGAUUUUAAUAUUAAACCUGGUGCUUCUCAUGCACAGA